AUGCCGAGCGAUCGCAAGAAGAAAGAUGCGAAACGCAAGGCCUUGAAAAAGAAGGAGAAGCUCGGAACGACGGCAGGGGACCUGUCGCAAGCCAAUGACAAGACAGAGGAGGAGCUCGAACAGCUGGCCGCUCAGGUGGAAGCUACGGUCCUGAACCCCAUCGUCACCACGGGUGUCCUGUCGUCUCAUCCAGACUCGCGAGACCUCCACAUCGACCAGGUCACAAUUUUGUUUCACGGGCACCAACUCCUGGAAGACGCCAGACUCGAGUUCAACUAUGGGCGUCGGUACGGCUUGAUCGGCCCGAAUGGGUGCGGCAAGUCAACCUUGCUCAAGGCUCUUGGAGGAAAGGACUUGCCGAUCCCCGAACACAUCGACAUUCACGUCCUCGACAAGGAGAUCGAAGCCAGCUCGAUGACGGCGCUGCAGGCCGUGAUGGAGGUGAACAAAGAGAAGAAAGCGCUUGAACACGAGGCCGAGAGGCUGUCAACUAUGGAGCUUACACCCGAGCUGGAGCUGCGCAUCAAUGACAUUUUCGAGCGGCUCGACGCAUUGGACUCGGACACAGCGGAGGCUCGUGCGGCGUCACUUCUGCACGGGCUGGGCUUCACGAAGGAGAUGCAGGCCAAGGCGACGAGCGACUUCAGCGGCGGGUGGCGAAUGCGCAUCUCUCUUGCCCGCGCAUUGUUCGUGAACCCGACUUUCUUGAUCCUCGACGAACCGACCAACCACCUGGACCUGGAGGCAUGCGUGUGGCUGGAGGAGACGUUGGCGAAGUUCAAUAGCAUUCUCCUGCUGGUAUCUCACUCUCAGGAUUUCCUGAACACGGUUUGCACGAACAUCAUCGUCAUGAAGCAGAAAAAGUUGCAGUACUUCUCGGGCAACUUCGAUCAGUACUGCAUCACUCGUGCGGAACAGGAGGAAAACCAGAUGAAGCAGUACAAGUGGGAGCAGAACCAGAUCUCGCACAUGAAGGAGUACAUUGCGCGCUUCGGGCAUGGGAGUGCCAAGCUUGCGAGGCAAGCACAGUCGAAGGAGAAGACAUUGCAGAAGAUGGUGGACAGCGGGCUCACGGAAGCCGUGGAGAAGGAACAUGUCGUGAAACUGAAAUUCGAGCCCGCUGGGAAGUUGCCGCCCCCAGUGCUGCAGUUCACCAACGUGUCUUUCGGAUAUUCGCCGGACAAGAUGCUGUACGAGGGGCUCGAGCUCGGAGUCGACAUGGACUCGCGUGUUGCCCUGGUCGGACCGAACGGCGCCGGAAAGUCAACGCUCCUGAAGCUGAUGGUGGGGGACUUGGAGCCGACGGACGGUAUGGUGAAGAAACACAACAAGCUGAAUAUUGGAAAGUAUCAUCAGCACUUGGCCGAGGAGCUCCCUCUGGAUAAGAGCGCGUUGGAGUUCAUGAUGGAGGAAUUCAACGCGCCGAUUGAAGCCAUGCGGCCUGCUGUUGGUCGCUUCGGUAUCACGGGACGUAAUCAGACCAUGCCUAUGCGGCAGCUCUCCGAUGGACUGCGUUGUCGCGUCGCCUUCUCGUGGCUUGCGCACAAGAAGCCCAACAUGCUCUUGCUCGAUGAGCCUACAAACCAUCUCGACAUCGAGACAAUCGACUCCCUUGCGCAAGCACUGGUCGAGUGGGAUGGUGGGGUCGUGUUGGUGUCGCACGACUUCCGACUCAUCUCUCAGGUGGCGGAAAAGAUCUGGGUCUGCAACAGAGGGGUCACUGAAUGGGAUGGGGACAUCCUGUCCUUCAAAGCGCACCUCAAGGCGACGCAUGAGGCGCUCGCUGCCCGAGACGACUUGCGCUGA